AUGAAAGAUCAGUUCUGGAGAUGGGUCUUAGGAUUAGUGUAUAUAUUCGCUGUUGCAGCUAUUUGGAUUGCUGCUAGUUUUGUAGUUCAAUCAGUAGUUGAUGCUGGCGUUUCUCCCUUCUUGAUAACUUAUAUUUGUAAUUCAUUGUUUAUUAUCUACAUACCCCUCGUUGAACUCGGUCGGUUUUUGGAAGAUAAGUAUGGAAGUAUUUUUUCUUGGUGGAGUCGGGAAGAACCUAGUUUGCGACAGUUGGGAGAAGAGACCAUUCUUCUUAGAAAUAAUGAUGCUGCUGUUGAAGCCGAGAAUUUGAGUUUAGAUGUGGUUCCUGUAGGAGAAAAUGUAAAUUACCGUGGAGGGGAAGGCAUUACAGUGCAUGAAGCUUUGGUUGGCGAUGCUAAUGUUGGAUUAGAUGCAAAGGGACGAUGGACGCGUGCUAGAGUAGCGAAAUCAAAUACCAUUUUGAGCAGCUCUUCCAGCUUGUUUACCUUUUUGGUUGCUCUUGUGUUUCUGGGUGAGAAUUUUACUUGGCUGAAACUAUUUAGUGUCCUGCUUUGCAUGGGAGGCACAAUAAUAGUCAGCUUGGGUGAUUCAGAAGCUGCAUCCAGCUCUGUUGCGCCAAAUCCUGUUCUUGGAGAUAUUUUGUCUCUUCUUUCUGCUGCCUUCUAUGCCGCCUAUAUUACUCUUAUACGCAAAAAGUUACCAGAUGAAGAUGAUAAGAAACAGGGUGAGGCUAGUAUGGCACAGUUUCUUGGAUUUCUGGGUUUGUUUAACCUGCUGAUAUUUCUACCAAUUGCUCUUGUACUCAACUUUGCCAAGCUGGAACCUUUUAAGAUGCUGAGCUGGAAGCAAAUUGGCCUAAUUGUUGGUAAAGGUCUGCUGGAUAAUGUCUUGAGUGAUUACUUAUGGGCCAAAGCAGUUCUGCUGACUUCCACCACGGUUGCAACAGCCGGACUUUCUAUACAAGUCCCAUUGGCUGCUGUUGUGGAUACAAUAACAGGAAACACUCCCCACCUAUUAGAUUAUGCCGGUGCAGCUGCCGUUAUGGUUGGUUUUGCUGGCAUCAAUAUUCCAUCAGAAGUCUGUUCGAGGCCUGAUCAAGCAUCUCUAGAACUUGGGGAAGGAAAUCUUAGGCCAACAGGCCAGGAGGAACACCAAUGA